GCCGCCGAGAGCCGAGUGGAACCAGGGGAACCCGAGUGCGACCCGAGCCGCGCAGGCUGGCCGGAAGCGGAGCCGAGCGCGGCCGGAAGGAGCCGAGCGCGCCCGAAGGGCCUGAUCGGCGACGGGGCGUUGGUCCGGCCGUGCCGGAGCCAUGGCGGCCGAGGGGACCGAUGUGGUCGGAGGCGGGCCUCUCGGAGGCUGCCUGACCAAGGACAGCUUGCUGCAGGCUAAGUGCCCCGACGCGGCCCCAAGCCGGCGGCGCAGCUCGGCGCGCUCACGAGACGCCGAGCGCCGCGCCUACCAGUGGUGCCGAGAGUACUUGGGCGGGGCCUGGCGCCAGGCGCGGCCGGAGGAGCUGAGGGUUGACCCCGUGAGCGGAGGCCUCAGCAACCUGCUGUUCCGCUGUUCGCUGCCGGACCACCUGCCCAGCGUUGGCGAGGAGCCCCGGGAGGUGCUACUGCGGCUAUAUGGGGCCAUCCUGCAGGGCGUGGACUCCUUGGUCCUUGAGAGUGUGAUGUUCGCCAUACUUGCAGAGCGGUCGCUGGGGCCCCAGCUCUAUGGAGUCUUUCCAGAGGGCCGGCUGGAACAGUACAUCCCAAGCAGGCCACUGAAGACACAUGAGCUUCGAGAUCCAGUGUUGUCUGCAGCCAUUGCCACGAAGAUGGCCAAGUUCCACGGCAUGGAGAUGCCUUUCACUAAGGAGCCCCACUGGCUAUUUGGGACCAUGGAUCGGUACUUAAAGCAGAUCCAGGACCUGCCCCCCACCGGCCUUCCCCAAAUGAACCUGCUGGAGAUGUACAGCUUGAAGGAUGAGAUGGGCAACCUCAGGAAGCUGCUAGACACUACCCCAUCACCAGUGGUCUUUUGCCACAAUGAUAUCCAAGAAGGGAACAUCUUACUGCUCUCAGAGCCUAAAAGCACUGACAGCCUCAUGCUGGUGGACUUCGAGUACAGCAGUUACAACUACAGGGGCUUUGACAUUGGGAACCAUUUUUGUGAGUGGGUUUACGAUUAUACUCACGAGGAGUGGCCUUUCUACAAAGCACAGCCUGCAAACUACCCCACUCAGGGACAGCAGCUCCAUUUUAUUCGCCACUACCUGGCAGAGGUAAAGAAAGAUGAGACCGUCUCCCAAGAGGAGCAGAGGAAACUGGAAGCAGAUUUGCUGGUGGAAGCUAAUCGGUAUGCCCUGGCAUCUCAUUUCUUUUGGGGUCUCUGGUCCAUUCUUCAGGCAUCCAUGUCCACUAUAGAAUUUGGUUACUUGGUAAGUAACCCAGGAGUAUGCGCAGUCUCGGUUCCAGUUCUACUUCCAGCAGAAGGGCCAGCUGACCAGCUUCCACCCCUCGUCCUGACUCCACUUCCGACUCCUUGCAUUUCUCCUGGAACCUCCAGGGCAGGUCCUUGGAGGGAGGGGCACAGGGGAGGCCCUGGGGACUGGGCUGAGCCCCACUGAGACUGGGGUUAAGGAGGCUCACCUCCCCCAGACCCCAGGUUCGAGCAGGUUCCCACCGCAGGCAAGUGGGCAGAAGCCCUGGCAUAUGUACCAUAAGACAAUAAACUAGCUGCAUCCCUCA